CAUCAUCUCCUCCUCCUCCCCUGCAAUAUCUCUCAUCAAACUCUCCAUUAUCUCCUCUUCUCACUUAAAAAACUCAACUCAGACACCUCUCUCUUUCUCACCUGCAACAGUAAGGAGAUGGCUACGAUGAACUCAAGUGUGUUGGCUUGCAACUACGCGAUCUCCGCUGCAUCAGAGCCGAGCUUGAAGCUUACGCCCGCGGCUUCGACCGCUGCAGCUUCGUCUUCUUAUCCGAGACAGCUGGUGAUUAAGGCCCAGCAAUCUCAGGCUGGAGAAGAUAAGAAAGGCGAGGGGCGUAGGGCCGCGCUUCUUGGCCUCGCUGCUGCGGCUUUUACCGCAGUUUCAGCUACUCCGCACGCCAAAGCCAGUGUCUUCGAUGAGUAUCUCGAGAAGAGCAAGGCUAACAAGGAGCUGAACGACAAGAAGAGGCUGGCUACGAGCGGCGCGAACUUCGCUCGUGCGUACACCGUUGAAUUUGGCACGUGCCAGUUCCCGCAGAACUUCACCGGAUGCCACGAUUUGGCUAAAAAAAAGAAAGUUCCAUUCAUCUCUGACGACUUGGAGAUCGAGUGCGAAGGGAAGGAUAAGUUCAAGUGCGGAUCGAACGUCUUCUGGAAAUGGUGAUUUAAUCCUUCUUAUUUAUGUAAUUUACUAGUCCAAAGCUCAAACUUUUUCGCUUCAAUUGAUCUUCGUAUUUUCUGUCUCCUCCCUCUUUCCUGGAUUUGUAUGUAACCUUUUCUCUUCUCUUCUUCGUUGUACCGUGAUCGCUAGUAAAAUGAGUUGUUGUAUAAGUUGGGUCUCCAAAUAAUCUGAGCUAAUUAAUCCUUCUUGGAUUAUGCUUGAA